AUGGAUCACGGGUGGGCGGACGGCUACCGGCGUCAUCUUUGCGGAUGGCAAUCGGCAAGCGCUCAGGUGGAGGAAGACUCAGGCGUCGGGGACUCGGAGCGGCGCGGCGGUCACGACUGGCUUUGGGGCGGCGAGCGGCGCAGGUCGACAGGACGUCGGGGGAGCGAGAUCGGUGCUUCGUGCUUGAGUUUCCGCUUCACCUGCCGAGGAAACCCUAGCUGUGGCCGCGAAACCGUCGAGAACCCUUCCAGCUGCGUCUCGUACAAUACCGGCGACAGAGCAGAGGAAGUCGCCGGGUCUCCACGAUGCGUCGACAUUCGGCUUCGAGAUGUUGCCCUUCCGAGGCCUCCAAAGACCGGGUUGAUUUGCUGGUUGGGGUUCCUUUGCACGAAAGACCCGGUUGUUUCUCGCGCUCCAGAUAUUCCACAGGAUCAGACUAGUCAGUUCUCGGUCGGGUUUUCCUUCGUCGGGAGGGCAUUUUGGCAGAGGCUCCAGAGGAAGGAGCGAACCUUUGGAGGCACAUCAAGACUCCAUAUUUGUGUCCACAAGCUGGUGCAGAACUUCCUGGACUAUGAAUAUGUUGUCCUGGAUUUGCCUCCCCGAGACGAAAGCUCCCUGCUCUGGGCUUUUUCCUUUCGGGAUCAACACAAUAUGUGUCUGGUUUUAGCCUGUGUUCAAGAACACCUUUCUCAAAAAACUCCUGUACAAGCUGCAGCAGGAUACAGGCGAAGGAAAGAGAAGGUUGAAGAUGAAGGAAAGUGGGAAGGUGGGAUCCACAAUGGGCGUUUUGAAAGUGCCAUAGUUAGUCUUGGGAAUAGGAACAAGUGUUCUGUGCCAGGCACGAUUUACAACACAAAUACUUUUGAGGGCUACCAGUCUCUUGACAAACAGAGCUUGUUAAAGGCUGAAACCAAAAAGAUUUGGGACGAUAUUCAUUCAGGAAAAGCUUUAGAGGAUAGUGCAGUGCUUUCAAGGUUUCUCAUCAUCUCAUUUGCAGACCUCAAAAAGUGGAACUUUUAUUAUUGGUUUGCUUUUCCUGCUCUUGUCCUUGAACCUGCAGCAACUUUGGUUGGUAUCAAGCCAGCUUCACAGUGGCUUAGCCCAGAGGCGACAGAAUCCUUGUCAGCUGCUUGUAAGGAAUGGAGAAAUUCAAAUUUAACUGCCACGUGCCCAUUCUUCUUGGUAAGUAUUGCUUCGGAUUCAUCUGUGACAAUUAGACAUCUGAAGGACUGGGAAGACUGCAAAGGCAAUGGUCACAAGUUGUUAUUUGGUUUUUAUGACCCAUGCCAUCUGCCCCACAAUCCUGGUUGGCCUCUUCGCAACUACCUUGCGCUUAUCUUCACCAAAUGGAACAUCAGAAGGAUUCACUUUCUCUGUUUUCGGGAGAAUCCUGGUUUUGCAGAUAUGGGAAUAUCCCUUGUUGGCGAAGCCCUAAUAUCAGUUCCAGAAGAUAGAUUUUGGAAGGAUCGUAACUCUGUGCCUAAUGCUAUUGGGUGGGAGUACAACAUGGGUAAAAAAGGAUCAAAAUGUGUCAACCUUGCCAAAGUGAUGGAUCCAACAAGGUUAGCCAUAUCUGCCGUGGAUUUGAACUUGAAAUUGAUGAGAUGGCGUGCUUUGCCCUCACUGGACUUAAAUGUCUUAUCUGCUAAGUGCCUUCCCUUGGGGGCCGACACCCUUGGAUGCCAGGUUGCACGCAUGCUUAUGGCUUGGGGUGUCAGGAAAAUUACCCUAGUUGAUAGCGGGAAAGUGGCAAUGUCAAAUCCCCUGAGGCAGUCAUUAUAUACACUGAAUGACUGCUUGAAUGGUGGUGAGUUUAAAGCCAUUUCAGCUGUCAAAAAUCUCAAGCAGAUAUUCCCAGCUGUGGAAGCAGAAGGUGUCGUAAUGGCUAUACCUAUGCCUGGGCAUCCUGUUCCUAGCCAAGAAGAAGAAAGUGUCCUGAAUGAUUGUAGACGCCUACAUGACUUGAUUAGUUCUCAUGAUGUAGUUUUCCUGUUGACCGACACCAGGGAAAGUCGGUGGCUACCCACGCUUUUUUCAGCUGCUUCUAGCAAGAUCACCAUAACUGCUGCUUUAGGAUUUGAUAGCUUCUUGGUUAUGAGGCAUGGAGCGGAUCCUUUUAGCUCUUCAAACAACUUGAAAACUCAAACUGAGGGUCCAGCUGAUAGUGGGGACGCCGCAUCGCUUUCUCAUAAUAAUGGUCCGCAGAGGCUGGGCUGUUACUUCUGCAAUGACGUUGUUGCACCAAUCGAUGUAAUAUUCUAA